UCGCCUUUCAUAACGCUGAGCCUGCAACGGGGCAGGCGUGACGUCGGUGGUGGAGCCUACCUUUGCCUGCCUCCGCACUGCCGCACACGUUUGACAGCUCAGCUCUCGAUCCGCAUUGCCCGUAGGCGUACGACUGCGCGCUUGCCCCAGUCUUGCUGCUGGUCGCCUCGUGAAAUAAUACAUACUUUAUUGGGUAGAGGUAAAUAUCCUAAACGAGGCAAACUCAACCCCACUUGCACGGUAGGCUAUUAUGUAGGGAUUUACACCGUUUAAGACUUGGAUGUUCCCACACAACUCGUCUGGUGGUGGCUGUUUUUAUUUAUUUCGGUUGGGAGAGAAACCCAUCGGAUUGUUCCUCAUUUGAAAUAGGAUAAAGGGAUAUAAACCUUUAAAGGGAUAUAAACAUGUCCAGGGAUCCAGAAGAAGUCAGCAAGCUCACCGAAAGUACAUACAAGAAUGUUAUGGAACAGUUCAACCCCGGGCUACGGAACCUGGUCACCCUGGGAAAAAACUAUGAGAAGGCAGUGGGUGCCAUGAACCUUGCAGGAAAAACGUACUUUGAGGCCGUGUCAAAAAUAGGGGAGAAUGCCGCAGUGUCACCAGUCUCCAGGGAACUGGGUGUUGUGCUAAUGGAGAUCUCUGAAGCGCACAAGAAGAUCCACUUAGAGUUAGAGGAGAAUUUCAAAAUAUUUCACAAAGAGAUCAUCACAGAGCUGGAGAAGAAGACAGACAUGGAUGUGAAAUACAUGAAUGCCACCUUUAAGAGGUACCAGUCGGAGCACAAAAUGAAGCAAGACUCGGUGGAGAAGUCCCAAUAUGACCUGAAGAAACUGCGCAAGAAGAGCCAAGGAAAAAACAACAGCAAGUAUCAAAGCAGAGAGAAUGAGUAUCUGGAGACGCUGUCAUCCCGGCAGAUGGACAUGCAGAUGUUCGUAGCGGACGGCUGUAAGGAAGCCCUGGUGGAGGAGAAGAGGCGGUUCUGUUUCCUGGUGGAUAAACAUUGCGCAUACGCCUAUCACGUUGCCACCUUCCACGAAAAGGCGAAGGAGCUGCUGGCGUCGAAGGUGCCCUGCUGGCAGGAUAAGUGCUGUGAUGCCACAGACGUCCCAGAGACUGUGGUGUCCAUGAUCGAGGGGCUGAAGUCAGUCACACCCCAGCCGUCCCCCUCCUUUCCUCACGAAGGGAACCAUGUCAGGGCAAACUCCGACUCCGUGAUCCCACCCCCAGCCCCACCUCUGAAGGCCCACUCCAGCCCCCUCACCAGCAUGUUCACCCCGGACCCUCCCACGGCACCCAUCGUAGCCGACCACUCCUCAGAUUACAGCGAGGCGUCCAGCCUUUCCAGGUCUGUGUCCGUCUCCUCGGGCCUGAACACGGUGAAGAGGCCCAAGGUUCAAACCAUCUUCCCCCACACGGCCGAGAACAAUGACACGCUGCUCAGCUUCGAGGAGGGCGACGUCGUCACGCUGCUCAUCCCAGACGAGCGGGACGGCUGGCUGUACGGCGAGCUCGACAGGACCGGCCUGAGGGGCUGGUUUCCAUCUUCUUACUGCCGUUUAUACUCAGAGUCACUGACAAGCAGCAGCCCGGAUACGUCCGCACACAGCUCGAGCAUGCUGAACCUCACGCAGCCGGGCGGUGAGGAGUAUGAUGAUGAUGAUGAAGAUGACGUGCCCGUGAUUCUGCCCCCAGCGGACUACGUGGACUCGCCCAGCAACAGCGAUGUCAGUCUGCCUCUCACGCCCACAUCUGAGAGCCCCGUGAGUGUGUCUCAAGCCAAUGGCCUCCCUACGCUGCCCUUCCUGGGGGGGGGGAACCCCUUUCUCGCAGUCAAACUCCGGCCCACGGUCACCAACGACAGAUCGGCCCCCGCGGUAUAGCGCUCAGGCCAGCGUGGAAGUUUCUCCAUGGCAACCUCCGAGAGGGGUGGAGCCAGAACCAACGACCAACGAACCUCCACCUCACAGCCUCCUUAACAUCUUAAACACCGCCCCACCCUCACCCCUCCUCCCACCCCAGGACCCAGACUCUUAUUGUAAGCAUGCCUGUGCACCCUGCCCUAUGUAGCCUGCUCAGCAGUGAGACAGGAAGGACCAAAGUGGACUGGGUGGGACAGUAAUCCUCUAUUCCCAGAUGCCAUGUUUCAUUUAAACAACCAAAAGCUGAACAAAAACAAACUCUCAGCUGCACAGGCUUAGGGCCACACCGUUUAUUUAUGUCAAACUAAUCCUCAGAUAUACAUUUUCCAAUAUUCUUUCGUUUAAUAUGCAAAUGAAUGUUUUGUCAUGCUCUAUGUGGACAAGCCCAAGCAAAUAAUUGCUUCUGUUCCACACAAGUUUUAGAAAUGUCUAUACAUGGUGAGAUUUUGCCUCUGCUUGUUAAAAAUGAUACGUUAUAAAUGGAGUGUUCCAUAGGACUAUAGGUAAAUGUGUUCUACACGGGAUACAAAUGAGGUUCAUCACACACCAUUGCUGCAGUUCACAGCGAGUCCAAAGUAAACAGCAGAUCAGGGUAAGGUGCAUGUGUUGUUAUACAUUGAUGGUUUUUUGCAAAGCAAACCCUUCCUAUGUUGGGUAUACAUGGUCAAUCUGUCAGAUUUGUUUCUUCAUACAGAUGUAAAAAUUAUCUUUUGAAGGGAAAAAACUUCUGAAGGCUUUAGGAUUCAGCUCCUGCGCACCCUGAUGGCAAUAUGUGGGCUAUUAUAAAAAUAAUUGUCACUUUCAGAUAUUGCAAUAUAUUUUUAAAAAACACAUUGCUAUGAAAUAUAUUUUUAUUUUCCAUAAAGUCCACAUAUUUACGAUAUAUUCCAGAAUGCUCAAGUUCAGGGCAGAUAUCAGUGCUUGCUGUAUUUCUGUCCCAUGGGCAGGCAG